AUGCAUAAGUUCAGUUGUUUUAUUUUGGUUGCCUUGUUUCUGGCCCACUGCCAAACAGUGCCAGUUGAAUUAGAAAAAUCGGAGAGAGAUCCUGAAUUGAUAGGUGGCUUUUUUGAAGGUGAUAUGGAUAUAGAUAUCAAACGUAAUGGUCUAAUAGAUCCCACAAAAAGAUGGCCAAAUGGUGUGGUGCGCUACAGAAUUGACCAGGCUUUUAAUGUAAACCGCUCUAUAUAUAUAUUAAAAGCCAUGCAAAUCAUUGAAGAAAAAAGCUGUAUACGUUUCCUUCAUGCCACCGAUCUUGCCAAGGCUUUUAUACGUAUCAAGGGCGAACCUAACGGUUGCAAUGCCAAAGUCGGCUAUAGCGACACAGAGCAAUUUCUGAAUUUAGAACUUGAUUUUUUGGAUCAGGGCUGUUUUAGAAUUGGCAGUAUUAUGCAUGAAUUGUUACAUGCUUUGGGCUUUUAUCAUCAACAUAGUUCCUCAGAUCGUGAUAACUAUGUCAAAAUUAACUGGGCAAAUGUUGAAGACGGCAGGGAUAUUAAUUUCGUCAAGUAUGGUGCGAAUAUUGUUACCAAUUUUGGUGUUCCAUAUGAUUAUGGCAGUGUUAUGCAUUAUCGUGAAACUGCAUUCUCCAAAAACGGUGAGAAAACUAUAGUGGCCUUGAAAAGUACAGAUGCAACAAUGGGCCAGCGUUUGGCUUUAAGUGAUAGUGAUGUGCUAAGAUUGAAUAAAAUGUAUAAUUGUUAA